UUUCAGCUCGGCCGGAGUGACUGGAGACACCUCAGACUCAUUCAUCAAGUCCUGAAGGAGCCGGCUACCGCCCAGCAAACUUUCUCCUCCACGAAACAUCCUACUGCAUGGCAAAUGAUACCUACAUUGGAGUGCCUGGCUGACCGGUGGCAAGAGAUGGCCAAUGAUAUACAGUAUGUGCCAAUCACUGAUGCAAUCAAGCAAGGACUCAAGAACAUCAACAAAUACUACAAGAAAACAAGUGACUCAGAUGUAUAUUUUAUUUGUCUCGUCCUUGACCCCAACUAUAAGCUUACUUAUGUUGAAGAACGGUGG